AUGGCAUUCCCAGAACACUUUGUCAAGCUCAUCACUGAAUGCAUAACGUCUCCUACCUUUUCGGUUUGUGUCAAUGGUGAGAGUUGUGGUUAUUUUAAAGGGGCUAAGGGGUUGAGACAAGGAGAGUCUAUCUCCCCUUACUUGUUCACGAUUGCAAUGGACGUCUUCACACAAAUGCUGACUAGUAAAUUCAACACCAACCACAUUGGCUUCCAUCCCCAAGCGUCGAAUCCUCAAGUGCCUCUCCUGGCUUUUGCUGACGACAUAAUGAUUUUCUUUGAUGGUAAAAAGACUUCUCUGGAGAACAUCUCAACAGUGUUGCAGCAGUUCUCGAUUUUAUCUGGCCUUUCAAUGAACAAAGACAAGACAAAUCUCUACUUAGCAGGAGUGAACCAGGAUGAAACCUCACAGUUUCAUUCGCUUGGUUUCAACCUUGGUUCACUCCCUAUUCACUACCUUGGUUUACCCUUGAUACAUAGAAAGCUCCGGAUCUCAGAGUAUCGACCUCUAAUAGACAAAAUAACAGGCAAAUUUUCCUCUUGGACUGCGAGGGCCCUCUCUUUUCCAGGCAGAAAAGAAUUGAUAUCUUCUGUUAUCUAUGGAAUUAUCAAUUUAUGGGCAUCAGCUUUUAUUCUCCCCAAGGGAUGUGUGAAGAUAAUUGAGAGUCUAUGCACCAGGUUCUUGUGUUGUGGGGAUAUUUCUAAAAAGACACAUGCAAAAGUCGCUUGGUCAUCCUUAUGUUUACCUAAAGAAAAAGGUGGCCUAGGAUUUCGUAGCAUAAACCGAUGGAACAAAACUCUCUGUCUUAAGCUCAUAUGGCGACUGCUAACUGCCGGAGACUCCCUUUGGGCGGAUUGGCUACGAAACAACAAGAUCAAAGACGAAGUUUUCUGGCAAAUUGAUGCAGUGAAGCAAACCUCCUGGAUUUGUCGAACAAUCCUCCACCUGCGUUCUCUGGCCCUCAUUUUUCUUAGAUGUCAUGUGGGUAAUGGGCAGACAACAAGCUUUUGGAACAACUCGUGGACUCCAUUUGGACAUUUGUUGGAUUAUAUGGGGACAACGGGACCUUCUCAAACGGGUGUACCUCUCAGGGGAACUGUGGCACAAGCAUGCUCACCCAAUGGAUGGAUCAUCAGACCUACGAGAUCGCUGCAAGCUGAAGCCCUUUAG